CGCCCGCACCCGCACCCGCACCGCCCGGGCGCUGACUCAGCCGCAGCCCGGCCGCCGCGCGCCCCGCCGGGCCCGGCCGCGUCCCCUGCGCCCCCGGCCGCAGCCCUCCGCCAGGGCCCCCAGCGCGCGCGCACGGGACCCGCCUCGCCAGCCACGCCGGCCCCGGCGCCUGCUCUCCGAGGGACCGGUCACUGCUCUCAGCGGCUCCCAGCUGCGAUGCCCGGCCACUGCCCCUCCCUCCUGCAGCAGCCCCGCCCAGGGUGCCAGCCCACCCCGUGGCCCUUAUGAAGAGGGCUGGAAGAUGGUCCCAGGCCCCCGGCAGCCGGAGGAGGAGCCCCCCACCGCCGGCCCGCGAUGGAGGAGCCCACGCCAGAGCCCGUCUACGUGGACGUGGACAAAGGACUGACCCUGGCCUGCUUCGUCUUCCUCUGCCUCUUCCUGGUGGUCAUGAUCAUCCGCUGCGCCAAGGUCAUCAUGGACCCGUACAGCGCCAUCCCCACGUCCACCUGGGAGGAGCAGCACCUGGAUGACUGACGGGGGCGGGGCGGCCGCGGGGGCGGCGCCGUCAGGUCCCCAGGCACCGGGCGCUCAGCCCGUCCACACGGGAGGGGACGCGGUCCCCCUGGGGGCGGAGAAAGCCCCCCUUGGCCUCGCCUGCUCCCACCCGCGCGUCAGGGUGACAUGCUCGGGGUGCCCCAGGGGUUCCAGCCGGGGGUGAGUUUGGGGAACGCGGUGACUACGGGGCGGUCACCUCCCCGGGCUCCAGCGUGACACCACCGUGGCCUCCUUUUCAGG